AUGGCUUUUAGGUUGCAGAGUUCAUUUUUUUCUGAAGGCCACGAUCAGCAACUGAAGACAAAGCAAAUUGACAAAUACCUUUAUGCCAUGCGGCUCUCGGACGAAACGCUGAUAGACAUUAUGGCUCGCUUCAGGAGAGAGAUGAAGAAUGGCCUCUCCAGAGAUUUUAACCCAACGGCUACGGUGAAGAUGCUUCCUACAUUUGUGAGGUCCAUUCCUGAUGGUUCAGAGAAAGGAGAUUUCAUUGCACUGGAUCUUGGUGGUUCUUAUUUCCGAAUUCUGCGGGUGAAGGUAUCGCAUGAAAAAAAGCAGACAGUACAAAUGGAAAGUGAAAUUUAUAAUACGCCUGAAGAUAUCAUGCAUGGCAGUGGAACACGGCUUUUUGAUCAUGUUGCUGAGUGCCUGGGAGACUUUAUGGAGAAACAACAAAUCAAAGACAAGAAAUUACCGGUCGGGUUUACGUUUUCUUUCCCGUGUCGACAAUCUAAGCUAGAUGAGGGUAUUCUGAUAACCUGGACAAAGCGCUUCAAAGCAAGCGGAGUGGAGGGAGCAGAUGUUGUGAGGCUGCUUAACAAGGCCAUCAAGAAACGUGGGGACUACGAUGCAGAUAUCAUGGCUGUUGUGAAUGACACCGUCGGGACUAUGAUGACCUGUGGUUUUGAUGACCAGCGUUGCGAAGUUGGCAUAAUCAUUGGCACUGGCACCAAUGCCUGUUACAUGGAGGAGAUGCGGCACAUUGACCUGGUGGAAGGGGACGAGGGCAGGAUGUGCAUUAACACGGAGUGGGGGGCCUUUGGAGAUGAUGGCUCUCUAGAAGACAUCAGGACCGAGUUUGAUCGAGAGAUCGACCGUGGAUCCCUUAAUCCUGGGAAGCAGCUGUUUGAGAAGAUGGUCAGCGGGCUGUACAUGGGGGAGCUGGUGAGGCUCAUCCUAGUGAAAAUGGCCAAGGAGGGGCUGCUCUUUGAGGGGAGAAUCACCCCUGAGCUUCUCACCAAAGGGAAGUUUGAGACGAAGCACGUUUCUGCCAUAGAAAAGAGCAAAGAAGGUUUGAAUAAAGCCAAAGAAAUUUUAACCCGCCUGGGGGUGGAGCCGUCCCACGAGGACUGCAUCGCCGUCCAGCAUGUCUGCACCAUUGUGUCCUUCCGCUCGGCCAACCUGGUAGCCUCCACACUGGGUGCCAUCCUCAACCAGCUGCGGGAUAACAAAGGGGUCGGCCGCCUCCGGACCACCGUGGGGGUGGACGGCUCUCUCUACAAGAUGCAUCCACAGUACGCCCGACGCUUGCACAAAACCACCCGGCGCUUGGUGCCUGACUCCGAAGUGCGGUUCCUGCUGUCAGAGAGUGGCAGCGGAAAGGGAGCAGCGAUGGUGACGGCGGUGGCAUACCGGCUGUCGGAACAGCACCGGCUCAUCGAUGAGACGCUGGCCGAGUUCAAGCUCACCCAUGAGCAGCUGCUGCAGGUGAAGAAAAGGAUGAGGGCUGAGAUGGAAGCGGGGCUGAAGAAGAAGACUCAUGAGACUGCCAAAGUGAAAAUGCUGCCCACCUUCGUCCGCAGCACACCGGAUGGGACAGAGAAUGGAGACUUUCUGGCACUUGACCUUGGAGGGACAAACUUUAGAGUUUUGCUAGUGAAAAUCCGCAGCGGUAAAAGGAGAACAGUUGAGAUGCACAACAAGAUCUAUGCCAUUCCUAUAGAGGUGAUGCAGGGAACAGGAGAAGAGCUGUUCGAUCACAUUGUUACCUGCAUUUCUGACUUCCUGGAUUAUAUGGGGAUAAAAGGUGCACGUCUUCCUCUUGGCUUCACGUUUUCAUUCCCUUGCAAGCAGACCAGUCUGGAUGCUGGUAUCCUUCUCAAUUGGACAAAAGGCUUCAAAGCUACAGACUGCGAGGGAGAAGAUGUGGUAUAUUUGCUUAGAGAAGGAAUUAAAAGAAGAGAGGAGUUUGACUUGGAUGUAGUGGCCGUGGUGAAUGACACAGUGGGCACAAUGAUGACUUGUGCUUAUGAAGACCCAAACUGUGAAAUCGGACUCAUUGUGGGAACUGGCAGCAAUGCCUGUUACAUGGAAGAGAUGAGAAACAUAGAGAUGGUGGAUGGUGAGCAGGGACGGAUGUGCGUGAACACGGAGUGGGGAGCGUUCGGGGAUAACGGAUGCCUGGAUGAUAUCAGGACAAUAUAUGACAAAGCAGUUGAUGACUAUUCACUAAAUGCUGGAAAGCAAAGGUACGAGAAAAUGAUCAGUGGGAUGUAUCUGGGGGAAAUAGUCCGCAAUAUUUUGAUCGACUUCACCAAACGGGGGUUCCUGUUCAGAGGCCAGAUUUCAGAGACACUGAAGACCAGACAUAUCUUUGAAACCAAGUUCCUUUCUCAGAUUGAGAGUGACAGGUUAGCCUUGCUGCAGGUGCGAGCCAUCCUCCAGCAGCUGGGGCUUAACAGCACCUGCGACGACAGCAUCAUAGUCAAGACUGUGUGUGGAGCAGUGUCCAGGCGAGCAGCUCAGUUGUGUGGCGCUGGAAUGGCUGCGGUUGUAGAUAAAAUUAGGGAGAACAGAGGAUUAGAGCACCUGGAGAUAACGGUUGGUGUGGAUGGGACUCUAUACAAACUACAUCCACACUUUUCAAGGAUCAUGCACCAAACCGUCAAAGACCUGGCACCCAACUGUGACGUGACCUUCCUGCUGUCAGAGGAUGGCAGCGGGAAAGGGGCAGCGCUCAUCACAGCGGUGGGAUGCAGGCUUCGCGAUGCCGAGCAGAACUGAACUCCACAAUCCUGUCCCCGAUUCUGUCUUGUGAGCACUUUCUCAUAAAGCAGUGACUGCAUAGUCAGAACUGGU